AUGAAAAAAAUUAAAGAGGGUAAAAAGCAUUUGCACGGGAUUGCAUUGUCCCUGCAGAUCUUUGUAUUCCUACAUCUGACAAAGAUCAAGGACUUACUCAUGUUAUCGAGUUUGGAUUUCGUAAAUGAACAACUUCCGUUGAUCAAUGAUUGGUCGCGUCAUUUAGAACAAUUUACCUUGAACAAAUGUAAAAAGGUAGAUUAUUUGGAUUUAAUUAGCACAACGACUGCUAAAGAGGUUAACUACAAUCCAUAUGAUAAUAUUCAAUUCCCCGACCUGAAAGAAUAUUCAACUUUCGAGUUGGAAAGAAGGGUAUGUUGUAAAUCAACCAUACAACCAACCUUUCUCAUCAACUUUAAUGAGGUUGCAUUUUUUCAACCCCAUAAAUUUAAAAAACAAUAUUCUAAUGCACGUGCCGGGGAUAGAAAAUGCACAUACAAAUGGAAAUUGUACCCAAGAAGAGGUACAAAAGGGAAAAAUUGGCAAGAGACGAAAAAGCAUACAAAAUAUCUCAAGCAUUGGAGCAUAAGUUGUUUUAGUAAAAGACCACAACCUGAGGAACAACAACCCGAAAGAGUACAAGAUGUUCGAACAGAAGAGCCAAUUGAGGUGGAACACCAUAAUUUGGAUGAUGUCGUGGACAAUCAAGAAAAGCAUUGUGGAAGGAAAAGAAAAAGCAUAUGGAGUUCAAAAGAAAAUGAAGUUGCUCAUGAGGAGGAUGCAGGAGAUAACAAUGAAGAUGGGGGAAGAAACAAAGACCAAGGAGACACUAGGCAAGUGGAAGCAACAUGUACCCGUUUGUCUGUUUCUAGAGUGUAUAUACGCCGCCGCAAAGGGAGUAACACGGGAAAAAUGAAAACCAGUGAAGAUGUGACGGUUGGCAUUAAGCACUCCCUAUAUCUGCUGAAAGAACUACUUCCAUGUUUAAAACAGUUGAGUCACGAAGAAAUGAUUGAGAAAGAGAUAGAGGCUAGCAGACAAAGGCUCUUAGUCUCACAGCUAUGUAUAGCAGAGCUAGAUGACUCGGGCGGAGACCGGGUGUUCUGUGACAAAUGCAAGACGUCAAUAUUUGCCCUCCACAAACAUUGUCAGACAUGCAAUAGUGACUUUUGUCUCGCCUGUUGUCGUGACUUUUGUGAUGCGCAGCUUCGAGGUGGUGCUGAUCCAAUUGAGUCACGUGUUACUGCCAAACAUGGGGUUCACAAACGGCCAAGAUCUGAUAAGCAUGAGGAUAGUGAUGACAGAGUUUGCUGUGAUGGGUUUCUUGAACUGAGAAGCUUCUAUCCUCCAAGUCACAUUGCUGAUUUGGUAGAUGAAGCAAAAAAAUUUGUAGACAAAUACAUGCAUCGCAUGCCUGUGAUUUCAGACAAAACUCAUAAGAACUUGCAUUCAAGUUUGAAUCGUAAGGCAGCAUCUCGUAAAGAGUCAAGCGAUAACGAUAUAUAUUGUCCGGAGGCUAAAAAUACAUGUCCUGAGGAUUUACUACAUUUUCAAUGGCACUGGAGAAAAGGGGAGCCAGUAAUUGUCAGGGAACUGCUUGGAGGUACUUAUAAUUCAUUAUGGAAUCCAUCAAGCAUGAGCCGUGCAAUCUGUCAGAAGCACAAGACUGUGAAGGCCAUUGAUUGCUCAAGUUUGCAGCAGAAAGUUGUUAACACCAAGAGGUUCUUUACUAGUUACACUAAAGGUUGGAAGUGUUCAGAGAAGCGGCCUUGUUGUAUGUUGAAGUUGAAAGAUUGGCCUCCUUCUGAAUCAUUUAAGGAAUGUUUACCUGAUCAUUUUGAGGAGUUCGUAUCUUUCUUGCCGUAUAAAGAAUACACUCAUCCUAUAAGUGGUUCUCUUAACCUUGCCGUGAAGUUGCCUGAUGGUUGUCUGAAGCCAGACAUGGGGCCAAAAGCAUACAUUGCAUUUGGAUUUGCUAAGGAGCUUGGGUGUGGUGAUUCUGUGACAAAGCUCCAUUGUGACAUGUCUGAUGCAGUAAACGUGUUGACUCAUGUUGCUGAAGGGAAAUUGGGUUCUGAGGAUGUUACUGCCAUUGAGAAAUUGAUGCCAAAGAACCUUGAGCAAGACAAGAGGGAACUACAUGAUAUUCAUCAGGAUGGGGAGGCUAAUGACAUUAUUUCUUCAGACACCGGCGCUAAUGAUGAUGGCGCGUCUUCUGGGUCAAAGCUCAAAGAAGUUGAAAAAGGUACAGUGGAGCAAGGAGAUAGUUUGUUGGAUGCAGUGGAUUCUUUGGAUGGGGCUCUCUGGGAUAUUUUUCGAAGAAAGGAUAUACCUAAAUUGGAGAGAUAUUUAAAUAAGCAUUUCGGAGAGUUCAGUCAUUUUGGCGGUCUUCCUUUAAAGGAGGUUACUCACCCCAUCCAUGAUCAGACCUUUUAUCUGACUGUGGAGCAUAAGAAGAAGCUUAAGGAGGAGUGUGGAAUUGAGCCCUGGACCUUCACACAGAAGCUAGGAGAUGCUGUUUUCAUUCCAGCUGGAUGUCCUCAUCAAGUCAGAAAUCUGAAAUCAUGCACCAAGGUUGCACUUGAUUUUGUCUCACCUGAAAAUGUUGGUGAGUGCUUCCGUUUGACAGAAGAAUUCCGCGAACUUCCGGAAAAUCAUGGGUCCAAAGAGGACAAAUUGCAGGUGAAGAAAAUGGUUAUACAUGCUGUGGAUGAUGCGGUCAAAAGGUUGAAAAACUCUAUCUUCGGUUAA